AUGGCACCGAGCAUUCUAAUCGCCAAGAAGAAGGGUCUGAGCAUGGUGGUGAAGAUCCCGCUGACCGCAAUCCCCAGGACCAUCAUGGGGACCAGGGCGCGGCAGAUCAAGCCAGCUCAGACCCGGGAGACGGACGGCGAAGAGGAGAGCCUUCGCCUGCAGGCACUCUCCACCAUGCCGGGGUACCAGGAGGGAGUGGGGGCUCAGGCCAUCGAGCCCACCACAACCCACUCGACAGAAGACCCGUCGUCCUGGUACAUCCAGGACAUGGUGGACGAGAUAGAGCGGGAGAAGGCUCGCCUGGAGGUCACGGAGGCGGAGGACCAGCGACCGCCGCGCCCCCUCCCGGUGGGACAAGAGCGGGAGCGCCUCCUCCGCUGGGCCCUCACGUUCCAGACCCGCGUUCCUGAAGCGGACUGGCGACGGGAGGAGCGUCAGCGGAUGGAGGUUGUUCGGGCCAUCCGCGAAGAGGCCGGUGCGGCGGUUGAGGAGGAGGACGGCGGAGCAGUCGAGACCCUAUCUGAGCAUGGGACCUCCAAGUCCCAUUGCUCAGAUACCUCUAAGGGUUCCCGGCUGUCAUUGGAUGGACAGGCGGAAAAAGAACUGGCGGACUACCUGGGCGGCGACGCGGAGUCGGUACCAGAUGGGAAGGGGGAAGUCACCAACCCCCAACCUACUGGACCAUCGACUCCGCCCCCAACACUCCGUCGCCCAAGAGUGGUACCAUCACCACUCUCCACCGCCACCGCCUGGACCACCAUCGCUGAGAACACCACCACCUCAGCCACCGCCGGAACCACCAUCACCUCAACCUCCGCCCGGAACACCACCACCUCAGCCGCCGCCUGGACACCGACCACCCUGACCAUGACCACCAGCGCCCGGAACACCACCACCUCAGCCACCGCCUGGAUGACCACCACACUGACCACGACCACCACCUCACCGACCACUCUGACCACCAGACCAAUUCCGACCACCACCUCACCGACCACACUGACCACCACCGCUCUAACCACUACAACCACCAUCAAUGCCCGACCACUGACCGACCCCGGAAAAACAAUACAGCCAGCAAUAUCCAGAAACCGAGGUCACCCUGGCUGGCUGCCGGUGACCUCGGCAACUCCAAGGACCGACAGAGUACCGACCAACCCACGACAGACCACGCCCAGGGUGGACCCGGUCGACAGGCCGGAGAUACAGAACCUGCACUACCGGACGGCCAGCGGGAAACGCCGCAAGUACAACCCGCGGCGGCAUCUUGAACUGGACGACCUGCCUAAAGAUGGGCAGUUCUGCGGAAACUGUGGUCGCAGGGGUGUGGAUGUGUUCAACUGCCCGAGGUGUGCCAAGGCUUAUGAGCGGAGGCACACACCUUCGGGUAGGAACAAUCCGGUGGACCCACCAGCUACCCCACCGAGGCAUCCACACCCGCCUAGCGGCCGGAGGGGAUGGGCGGACGAGGGCAUAAUACCAUCCACCUCGUCCGGGUCCGGAUGGGAUAGACGACCACCGGACCACUAUACGGAACAACAUGCUAGCCGAGACCCCAACCGAAACACCGACCACGCUGACAAUCGACCACUGACCGAUCGACCCCGAGACCUGGAAGAAUCGCCACCCUCCUACCAGGAAGCCACUCGAGGUCGAUCACCGACCAGACGACCGACCUCCAGCACCGGGGCGAUACCCCGCACCAGACUCCCUACCUCAUCGGCCAGGCCAUCGGCGGAGGAACGAGCGAGAGAACUGGUGCGGAGGCCCAGGAACCGGGCGUCAGAAGAUGAGGCCGACGCUGACCUGCGCCUGAGGGAGCUACAACAGCUCCAACGCGCCCUCCAGGAACUGGAAGAGAGGGAGUGGCGCGAUCGCUCCCGCAGGCGCGGGUAUCACUGA